AUGGCGGCCCCCAGCAGCAUCGUGCCCGUCAUGGCGAGUAAAACCAAGACCAAGAAAAAACACUUCGUGGCGCAAAAAGUGAAGUUGUUCCGGGCUAGCGACCCGCUGCUCAGCGUCCUCAUGUGGGGGGUCAACCACUCGAUCAAUGAACUAAGCCAUGUUCAAAUCCCUGUUAUGCUGAUGCCAGAUGAUUUCAAAGCCUACUCAAAGAUAAAGGUGGACAAUCACCUUUUCAACAAAGAAAACAUGCCAAGUCAUUUCAAAUUUAAGGAAUAUUGUCCAAUGGUUUUCCGAAAUCUAAGAGAGAGGUUUGGAAUUGAUGAUCAAGACUUUCAGAACUCAUUGACAAGAAGUGCACCCUUGGCUAAUGAUUCCCAAGCACGCAGCGGUGCUCGCUUUCAUACCUCUUACGACAAAAGAUAUAUCAUCAAAACUAUAACCAGUGAAGAUGUAGCAGAAAUGCACAACAUACUGAAGAAAUAUCAUCAGUUUAUUGUGGAAUGUCAUGGGAACACACUCCUUCCCCAGUUUUUGGGCAUGUACCGGCUGACUGUUGAUGGAGUUGAAGUGUAUAUGAUAGUUACAAGAAAUGUCUUCAGCCAUCGCUUAUCUGUUUAUAGAAAAUAUGAUUUAAAGGGCUCUACUGUGGCUCGAGAAGCCAGUGACAAAGAAAAGGCCAAAGAGCUGCCGACGUUCAAAGACAACGAUUUCAUUAACGACGGCCAAAAGAUCCAUAUUGAUGAGAACGACAAAAAGAUGUUCCUUGAGAAACUCAAGAAGGAUGUUGAGUUCCUUGCUCAGUUAAAACUCAUGGACUACAGCUUGCUGGUUGGAAUUCAUGAUGUUGAAAGAGCUGAACUGGAAGAAGUAGAGUGUGAAGAGAAUGAUGGAGAAGAAGAAGGUGAAAGUGAUGGGACCCAUCCCAUUGGAACCCCUCCAGACAGUCCAGGAAACACACUGAACAGCUCACUGCCUUUGGCUCCAGGGGAAUUUGAUCCAGCUAUUGAUGUUUAUGGAAUAAAAUCCCAUGAAAAUGCACCUAGGAAGGAAGUAUACUUUAUGGCCAUUAUUGACAUUCUUACUCAUUAUGAUGCAAAAAAGAAAGCUGCCCAUGCUGCAAAAACAGUAAAGCAUGGGGCUGGUGCAGAAAUUUCAACUGUUAAUCCCGAACAGUAUUCAAAGCGCUUCUUGGACUUUAUUGCCAACAUCUUGACGUAA